AUGGCGUCCAAAGGUAAUGUCAUGUUCAAUUUCCUCCUGGUGUCUGUGACUAUUAUUUUUUGCAAUAAUUUGAAAUUACGACUUAUACCAUUCAAUAAUGAAAUUAAGAGAUCGCUCGGAUAUCCAAUUGAUUCGUUGCUGAAUUUUACGGAGUUGAGUGAACUGUAUGGAUACACUUCGGAAGAACACACUGUGCUCACUGAGGAUGGGUAUAUUCUAACAAUAUUCAGAAUAAACGGAAGGAACUGUGCCCACAAACUGAAAAGACCUCCAGUUUUAUUAAUGCAUGGUCUUCUCCAGAGCUCCGAUGCUUGGUUGGACGCUGGACCCAAAGCUGGUUUGGCGUAUUUGUUAUCGGACGCGUGUUAUGAUUUAUGGGUUGGAAAUCAACGAGGCAAUUAUUAUUCCAGGCGGCAUAAUCGUUUGGACCCCGACAAAGAUCCUGAAUUUUGGCAAUUUUCUGUGGAUGAAAUAGGUUUUUAUGACAUACCGGCUACGAUUGAAUAUGUUUUGAAAUACACGAGAGAAGAUAAAUUGAAUUACAUUGGAUAUUCACAAGGCGCUGGUACGUUCUUCAUCAUGUGUUCAGAGAGGCCGGGAUACUGUGAUAAAGCGAACGUUUUCAUUGGCUUAGCGCCAGCAGCCAGACAGACUAACACAAAAUCCGUGCCGUAUAAAAUAUUACUGGAGGGAGUCAGAUAUCUAGAGGGGGCUUUGGCUACUACAGGUUUAUAUGAACUUUUCGCCAAGGGUUCUCUAAGUCAAGAAUUACUCGCUUUCUUAUGUAAAUCCAGUGCAACAUCUGAAGUUCUUUGUGGAACCGGUGAGUCUCUAGUUGACUCCUUCCAUCCAGGAUCUAUAAAUAAUGAAACUCUAAGGGUAUUAUUCGGACACUUUCCAGCGGGUACUUCAGUGCACAAUAUUGCAAGAUACGGUCAAAGUGUAAAGUCGUCCCAUUUCCAAAAGUUCGAUUACGGUAGUGCGCGAAAUUUAGAAAUAUAUGGAACAGAACAACCCCCUCAUUACAAUCUGAGUGCUGUGACGGUUCCCGCAGUUGUUCUGUACGGUAAUAACGAUCAUUUAGUCGAUACGAAAGAUAUUUUGUGGUUGAUUAAACGGUUACCAAAAGUGUUGGAAAACAAAAGAGUCUCAGAUCCGCUGUGGAAUCAUUUCGACAGCGCCUACAGUCAGUAUACAAGAGAAAUGAUCUUUCCAACGAUUAAUAAAUAUUUACUAAAAUACAGUCGAAAACUAAAUAAAGUGUAAUUAGUGACAAAAUAAAUGAACUGUUUUUUUUAUACAGUGAUGAUAAAAAAGAAGAUAGGUGUGAUGAGAUGAUAGUUCUAGAAAUAUUGCUAGUCUAGGUCAACCACGGUCAAUGAAAAGGUGAUGUCAUAUUUAUUGUAUUUUUACUGUGUAGCUAACUUUUGAAAUUUGUUUUAAAAAUAGAAUGCAUUCCAAUAAAUGAUUUGAUUUAAAAUUAGAACGAAACCCAAAAAUUGGUGAAAUUAAAGUUAUGGAUUGGCUAUUUAAUGGAUACAUUGGAAAAAAAUCCGGAAUAGAACAGUAGGGGGAUAUUUAAGAAAAUUUUCAAAAAGCUUACUCUGGUUACCAAAUCUGAAUAUAUUUUGAAAAUAUGCGAGAUCAAUGGAAGGAUAACUAGCAUUGCGUAUGUCCCACUGUUGGACAAACGCCUCCAGGACUUGGAUCAUAUUUGAAGAUGGUAACAAGAGCUCAGAUUAGGUCGGACAUUGUACUCAAUACUGAUUUGGUAUAAAUAUUUUAAGUAUAUGUACAUAUAUUUAUAUUGAGAAGUAUAGUAAUAUUUAUACAGUGAACUGCAGUGUUUGUGAAACUCGGUUGUAAUGAUACUAACUGAUAUUCUAUUAAAAUAUAUUCUAUAAUACACCGAGGAAAGAGAUAGUUAUAUUUUGAAUACUAUUAAAUCACUUGAGAGAUUCCAUUGAAUAGAAUCUCAUAAAGAUGUAAGUGAUAUGUUUAUAUUAAAUUUAAAUUUAUUGUCGAGUCAAAAUACAGAUCA